AUGGUGGGGCCAGGCCCCGUAGCCUGUGGCCGGUGGGUCCAGAGAAACGCUGGUUAUGGAAGCCCGCUGCGGCCGCGAGCUGCCUGGGGAGACGAAGGAGGCCCGGGAGGGCGUCCUGGAAGCCGGGAGAAGCUGGAGCGGAGCGCAGGGCGCGCGAUCCCCUUCGGGAGCCUGGCUCCGUCCUGUGUCCGGCGGAGGCUGUACGCCGGCCUCACCGCGUUGACAGCGGGCCAGGCGGGAUGGGGACAGGACGGGGGCGCUUCCUGCGCGGUGCGAACUUCCGAGAGGACGCGAGGCCGACCCCGUGCCCCCGGCCCGCCGGAGCACGGCGGCCGGCGGCGCUCGCGUUAG